UAGAUGCAAGUUUGAAAGGCUAUAAGACAUGUAUUUCUUGGCACAGAACAUUUGAUAAUUGCAGAGUAAAGGAUAUUCUAAAUGAAACACCUUCACCAUUCAAUUCAGCUUUAUGUAUUGUAAAUUUAGAAAAACUCAAUAUGGCAUACAGCACCCAACUAUCAUCUGUUUGCAGAAGAAAAUGUUUUAUCUUAUUGAUUUAUGUGAUUGUAGCCCUCAUUUUUUUAAGUGGGUAUGUAUAUUACACACAUCUGAGUAAAAACUACCCUUUGAAUCAAAUGCAAAUUAUUUCACCUGUCAAAGGUCAGAGAAAUUUGGAAGUCUUGGAAAGAAACACAGUGAAGCAAAUUAUUCAAAGAGUAAUUUUGAAUGUUUCUACAUCAACACAAACCUCGGAUCCAAAAACAUAUUUAAACAUCAAUUUAUAUGAAUACAUCAUCAAUGAACCCGAUAAAUGUAAGGAUCAAAAUCCAUUCUUAAUAUUCCUUAUAUCAACUAUAGCAAAGGAAGUGAAACAAAGACAGGUUAUCAGGAACACGUGGGCAAAUGAAGCAAAUGGGGCUAAGGAUGGGUUAACCAUUAUGCAUCUGUUUAUGUUGGGUUUUGAAAAUCAAGCAGAUUCAAAGCUGAUUUUAAGUGAAAGUCAAAAAUACCAUGACAUUAUCCAAAAAGACUUUAAAGAGGCGUAUAACAACUUAACCUUUAAAACUCUUAUGGGAAUGGAAUGGAUCUCUACCUAUUGUCCCCAAUCCAAAUAUGUCAUGAAAACUGACAGUGACAUGUUUGUGAACACAGAAUAUCUGCUAGAAAUGCUUCAACCAAACCUUCCAUCAAAACAAGAUUUCUUUACUGGUGCUGUUGCCAAAGACCCUGUUCCUCAUAGGUGGAAGGAAAGCAAAUGGUAUGUGCCAUAUUCUGUUUAUCCAGAGAGCCAUUAUCCAGACUUUUGCUCAGGAACUGGAUAUUUGCUAUCAGGAGAUUUGGCUCCCAAAAUCUUGAGAUCAUCAUAUAAAAUAAAAUACCUGCAUCUGGAAGAUGUGUAUGUUGCAAUUUGCCUAAAAAAAGAGGGGAUAAAAAUAACGGAUCCACCUACAAAUAAUUUGUUUAAUGUGGAAAGAGUUCCAUUUUCCCCUUGUGGUUAUUACAACCUUAUUACAUCCCACAGUAUGCCUCCAAGUUUAAUACUUCAGUACUGGCAAAAUAUGCAAGAACAUAAAGGGCAAUGCUCAAGAAAUGGUUUGACAUUUUAGUUAUAUAUACAUACCAAUGUCUUUACAUUAGAUGUAUGGGUGUAAUUAAUUGGGGAAGCUGGAAUUUACAGUGGACCAAACAUAUAACAAAAAAGUGCCAAAAUAUCUUCAGUAACAAACACAUGGAAUCCUGGAAAUACUUCAGAUGUAAUGUAAAUCCAUCAUAUUUAGCAAAUCAAAAGUAUAUGCAGACAUAUGAUAAAUAUAUUUUCAUUUUGUUGAUGUAUAGAUAUAAAGUGGAAAGAGUAACUCUAAUUAUAUGUUUAAAGGAUGUUCUAUUUGGGUUGUGUACCCAAUAAAUACAAUGAAUCUACUUUUAUACCACUCCUUGCUAUAGAUCCCUCAUUGCAGGCUCUAUUUAACCUCUUCACACUGGCACUCUUA